AUGGAGAGCGUGGACCUGGUAGUGGUCGGCGCAGGCUGGAACGGACUCGCAGCCGUUAAGACCUACCGCGAGAUCAAUCCCACCAGCAAUGUCUUGUUACUGGAGGCAGCUAGCUCGGUCGGUGGUGUGUGGGCGAAGCAUCGCCUCUACAAGGGCCUGAAGUCUAAUAACAUGCUUGGUACAUACGAGUACAGCGAUUUCCCUAUGGAUGAGGCUACAUUUGGCGUGAAGCCUGGCCAGCAUAUCCCUGGUGAUGUGGUGCAGCGUUACCUUGUCGCGUAUGCUAAGCACUUCAAGUUCCUCGAUCGCAUUCGCUUGAAUCACUCUGUUGAGAGUGCCGAGCACAACCUGGAUGGAUCGUGGAAGCUUAUCGUGUCGCAUGAGGGGGAGUCUUUGACGAUCGAUGCUAAGAAAUUGAUCGUCGCGACUGGAAUUACAUCGCAGGCGUACCUGCCUACUUUCGAGGGCCAAGAGACCUUUGGCGCACCAUUGUUUCACUGUCGGGAUACUUUGCAGUAUGAGGCUGAGGUUUUCAGGUCUGGGGAGCGAAUGACCGUUUUUGGCGCCACCAAGUCCGCCUGGGAUGCUGUUUAUGCGAGUGCGACAUCGGGCAUGAAGGUAGACUGGGUCAUCCGGGAAUCGGGACACGGUCCAUGCUGGAUGGCCCCGCCAUAUGUGACCCCCAUGAAGAAGUGGCUAGAGAAACUAGUGACAACGCGGCUCCUGACCUGGUUCAGCCCGUGUAUCUGGGGUGAUGCCGACGGAUACUCCGGUGUACGGAACUUUCUGCAUGGCACUUGGCUAGGACGGAAGAUCGUCGAUGCGUUCUGGGGUGUUUUGGCUGAUGAUGUCGUGCAGCUGAACGGCUAUGACAAAGACCCGCAGAUGAAGAAGCUCAAGCCUUGGGUGAGCCCGUUCUGGAUUGCUUCGUCGCUGAGCAUCCUGAACUACCCAACCGACUUCUUCGAUCUGGUCAAGAAUGGCUCAGUGAAAAUUCAUGUCGCCAACUUGGAUCGCCUCUCCGACCACACCGUUCACCUGUCAACAGGCGAUGACCUGCCCACCACGGCUCUCAUGUGCGCUACGGGCUGGCGUUGUACUCCCAACUUGAAAUUUCUCCCCGAGGGUAUCGAUCGCACUCUAGGAUUCCCCUGGAGCACAGAUCCUCUUGACGCCAAGAUGGUGGCUGCUGCCGACGCAGAAAUCCUCCGCCGUUUCCCUCGCCUCAGUGACCAGCCAAAGCCCAAUCCCAAAUACCGUCCCCUCGACGAGACAUCUGAGGCAGCGGUCCCGCAUCCAUUCCGCCUGGCCCGGUUCAUGAUCCCAUUGUCAACACUCAAGGAUCGAUCCUUGGCAUUCAUGGGUGUCCCCAUGACAAUUAACACAACCCUGCUAGCCCAGACACAGGCCCUAUGGAUCUCAGCUUACUUCUCAAAUCAAUUCACACCCACUUCGACCGAGCGCUGUCCUCCUGCUGUCCGCGCAUGCUCCGACUCUAAGUCCGAGGAUGAUUCAGAGCUCGACCUGGCUUGGGAGACGACUCUGCACUCCGAGUUUGGAAAGUACCGGUACCCUGGUGGCUUCGGCAAGCGGAAUCCAGAUUUCGUGUUCGAUGCUAUCCCGUAUAUCGAUUUAAUGCUGCGAGACCUGGGCUUAUCUACUGAGCGCAAGAAGGACAUUCUAGCACGAUGCUUCCAGCCUUAUGGGGUGGAAGAUUAUAAGGGCUUGGUAGAAGAAUGGAAGUCCAAAGUGUAA